AUGUCACAAGAGGAAGUCCAGUCCCAUGUGGACAAGGCUUUAUCCAAGCUCGAAGAGUCUUGGCGAAUCGCAUCUCGUACUAGCCAGCUUUCACAAAUGGUAUACAAGAUGACCCUGGACGAGAAACCAAAUGACAAUGAUCCGGAGGAUGAGGAUGAGGAGGAGCAGUACAGGCUUGACUUGGUCAAACAAUCCUUCUUCAACGAGACUCGCAAACGUAUUGGGGAGAGGAUUAAAUUUUCCACUGAUGGUGGAUUUCCAAGUGUAGAUAGCGCCGGAAUCAACAGGUAUCCAUUACAAGUGGACAUUUCAUCCGUCUUUGCGGAAGGGCAACAAGAUCCGCAAGUGUGGCUCGACGAUCUUACAGCCAAUGUUCUCCAAACAGGAUUUGACAAUGUUGUUUCCAACGCUUCGAUGGGCAUGAUGGAUCCGUCUGUGGCGUAUCACGUAGUGAGCGCACACGUUGCUGGCCACCUGUACGAACCAGUCAUAGUUCAAGGACGGGAGAAAGCGCUGGAAGGUUAUCAAGAGUCCUGUAAGGACAUGACAGUGAAACAGCUGGAGAACAAGCUCCGAGACGUGUCGGAUCUUUACACAGGCCAGCCUCGAUCCAUUUGGGAUAGUUUAGCUCCGUGGUCUCGUAGCACCAAGAUGACUGGCUACCUUUGCGGUGAGACCAAAGGUGUAUCGGCUGUAGAGGAAAAGCCCUUCAAUUUACAUUCCUUGGAUGACGUGAACGCGAGCUUGCGAGCUGAGCUGACCAAACGAGAAUCCGAUUUCGAAAUCGAGUAUGGCGAAGCACCCUCUGAGAAUCUGGAUCCAGAGAAUCUUCCUGAGAGCGCUCGCCAGGACGAAGAGCGUCUCAAGCAUUUCAUUAAACAGCGUUUCAGCAAAUUUGAACCCGUGUCCAAUAUCACGGACAAUCUCGCCAAGAUUUACGGGUCUUCCGAUGGCUCGCAGCCACCCGAAGAUCGUGAUAUACUCCCCGCUCUGUUCAUCCCCUCUGAGCAGGCUCGAUUCUUCAAGAUAGGGUCCUUCAAUCUGAGGAAAAGUCGAGUCUUUUUCCUCAAGGGAAUGGAUCGUUUCACCUGGGCGAUAUCUAACGACCCAAGCUUCAAGCCUUUCAAACGAGCGGGUAUGGUUCCCGAUGAUGACACGUUCACUGAUUGGAACAAGAUUAAGUUUAGGCUUGUCGAAGAGGACUCUAUCGAUGCGCCUACCAAGAUAGAAGAGCUCUGGCCCAAGAGCAUUGAGGACGUGACCAGUGGCGGUGGUCAACAAGUGAUUGACGAGAUGACGGCAGACCAAGAGAAGUCGGAAAAGGAGGAGUGGUCUCCGACAGAUGAAAUUUUAGCUACUUGA